UUUUUCUCAUUUGGGUAUUCCUCCUGUUGACCUCAAUUUGUGUCAUUGGCGAUUAUUGCUUUUUUUUUUCCUAAAAAAAAUUCCGAUUAUCGAAUCCCUUUUCUGGUUUUGAGGUUUUCUAAAUCCGUAUUUUCUGAAAUCCAUUGCUCUGUGUGUUUGUGAGGGGAAAUGUGCAGCUUUCCUGUUGUUUUCGUUCUCUGAUUCUCUUUAUCACGUUUCGUUUGGGAUUGUCACAGAGUUGAAAUCGCCGAAAGUUCGCAUUUUUUUUUGGGUAGAUUGUACAAAAGGGCGUGAUUAGAGAAGAAGAAGAAGAAAAAGGGGAAAUUUUUGGCUAUUUUAAUCCGGGAAAGUUAGUGACUUCUCUCGAUUUCCAGAUGAUGAAGAGACCAAGUCUCAGAUUGAAACCGAUGGAUUUGUUCUUCUAGGUGGUCUUGUUUGGGGAAUGAUUAGAGAAUCUGAAUUCUUCUGGUGUUGAGGAUAAUAACUAUGUGGAAACAGAUUCUAAGUAAGCUUCCCAAAAAGUCUUCAAAGAACGAACAUCGUGGACGUGAACACGGUGGCCAUUCUUCUUCAUCUCAUGCUUCCGGUGCGUCUACUUCGAAAAGCAGUGAUAAUGCCGCCGGAAAAUCAGGGAAUUCGCAGACUAAGAACGUUCCCGCAGGCGGGAAAUCCACCGCUUCUGACUCUGGUUUCAAAGAUGGGAAUCUAAAGAUAAGUGUGAACAACAACAACAACAACAACAACAACAAUGGAGUUUUCACUCCUUAUGAAGCAUUGCCGAGUUUUAAAGAUGUUCCAAACACGGAAAAACAAAACUUGUUCGUAAAAAAGCUGAACUUGUGCCGUGUUGUGUUUGAUUUCACGGAUCCUACGAAGAACGUCAAGGAAAAAGAGAUUAAGAGGCAGACAUUGCUGGAGCUUGUGGACUAUGUUAAUUCAGCCAAUGGGAAGUUCAGCGAAACCGGUAUUCAAGAAGUGGUUCGGAUGGUCUCUGCUAAUAUCUUCAGAACGCUAAAUCCUCAACCACGUGAGAAUAAAGUUAUUGAUGCCUUAGACCUUGAGGAGGAAGAGCCUUCCAUGGAUCUUGCGUGGCCUCACUUGCAGCUUGUCUAUGAGCUUUUCUUGAGGUUUGUUGCUUCGCCUGAGACUGACACCAAGUUGGCUAAGAGAUACAUAGACCAAACUUUUGUCCUGCGGUUACUGGAUUUAUUUGAUUCCGAGGAUCCUAGAGAGAGAGAUUGUCUGAAAACUAUUCUCCAUCGUAUCUAUGGUAAAUUUAUGGUUCACCGUCCUUUCAUCAGGAAAUCCAUAAACAAUAUCUUCUAUCGGUUUGUUUUCGAGACAGAGAAACACAACGGGAUUGCUGAGUUUCUAGAAAUCUUGGGGAGUAUCAUCAAUGGAUUUGCUCUUCCCUUGAAAGAAGAGCACAAAGUGUUUCUCGUUCGAGUUUUGAUACCUCUCCACAAACCGAAAUGCUUGCAAAUGUAUCAUCAACAAUUGUCUUAUUGUAUUACGCAGUUUGUGGAGAAGGAUUGCAAACUUGCAGAUACGGUUAUAAGAGGGUUGUUGAAAUACUGGCCCGUGACAAAUAGUUCCAAAGAAGUCAUGUUUCUGAAUGAGUUGGAGGAAGUACUCGAAGCAACUCAGCCACCAGAAUUCCAACGGUGCAUGGUGCCACUGUUUCGCCAAAUAGCUCGAUGUUUGAACAGUCUGCAUUUUCAGGUUGCAGAGAGAGCUUUAUUCUUAUGGAACAACAAUCACAUCGAGAAUCUGAUAAUGCAGAGCCGUAAAGUCAUUCUUCCAAUUAUAUUCCCUGCGUUGGAGAGAAACGCACAGAACCAUUGGAACCAAGCUGUUCAUAGUUUGACACUAAACGUUCGAAAGAUAUUUCAUGACCUUGACCCUGAGUUGUUCAAAGAAUGCCUUGCAAAGUUCAAGGAAGAUGAAUCAAAGCAAGCUGAAACCAAAGCUAAACGUGAAGCCACUUGGAAACGUUUGGAAGAACUCGGGGUGCGAAAGGCUUCAUGAGGUUAGAGCCGUAGAGAAGAGAGAGAGAGAGAGCUUUCGUGUCAUCGAUUGGAAUUGGGAUACUUCUGAUGUCAAUUCGGGAGAGCAUUGGAGAUAAAAUUUCAAAUUGGUCUCUUCCUUGAAGGAAAGGAAACUCAAGAUGUAAGAUUGUUCCCGUUUUGAUUUCCAUUAUUAAUUUUUUUCUUGUUUCCUCUAAAAUCUUCCUGUUCAUUGAAGCUUGUUGAUGGUUUUUUUUUUUUGCUACACUGUCCGAUCUCUUGUUCCUCUGUCUACACUUGUCUGAUUCAUUCA